CUUUAUCGGACGCGCCCUUACCGGAAGUAAGCUGUAUAUAAAUUUCAGCAAUACUUAUAGCACUGUAUACCGUUUUCUCUCCUUUUCGGGCCAAAGGUAUCUUACUCUCAGCAACCGAAGUGUAACCAUGUCGACAGAAAGGUCUUUUGCCAAAGGGAGUGCUGCACCCGGUCCGGUCCCCAAGGGCCACAUCAGACUCUACAGCAUGAGAUUCUGCCCCUUCGCCCAGAGGGCCAGAUUAGUGCUGAAUGCCAAAGGGAUCAAACAUGAGAUUAUCAACGUCAACCUCACGGACAAACCCGAGUGGUUCCUGGAGAAGAAUCCUCUUGGACUUGUCCCAGUACUGGAGACACCUGCUGGUGAGGUGAUAACAGAGUCUCCCAUCACCUGUGACUACCUGGAUGAAGUUUAUCCUGAGAAGAAGCUGCUUCCUUCCUCUCCUUUUGGUAAAGCUCAACAGAAGAUGAUGCUGGAGGAUUUUUCCAAGGUCAUACCAUACUUUUACAAGAUUCCAAUGGGCAAAAAGAAGGGCGAGGACACCUCUGGACUGGAAGCUGAACUGAAUAUGAAAUUGUCCAAGUUGGAUGAGGACCUGGUUAACAAGAAGACCAAGUUCUUUGGUGGGGAUUCCAUCACAAUGAUCGACUACAUGAUGUGGCCUUGGUUUGAGAGGCUUGAGUGCUUUGAACUGAAACAUUGCCUCGACCGCACACCUGAGCUCAAGAAGUGGACGGCGCAAAUGUUGGAAGACAUGGCUGUCAAAGCCACAAUGCACCGUCAAGACUCAAUGAAGGCCUUUCACGCAUCCUACGUGGCGGGGAAGCCCGACUACGACUAUGGCCUCUAGGGCAAAAAAGAGCCUUAAACCAUCCCUUUUUAAAAAAAUUGUAUACAUCAUAUACAUUUUCACUCUUUGAAAUGGGAAAAUAUACAUUGUUGAAAAUACUAAAUCAUAUUUGAAAUGAGGUUUAGUAAAGUGAAUGCUACAUUUUUAUGAUGCGCUUUCUCUAAUAAAAAC